AUGACUGAUAAUGUAACUUUAAAAGAAGAUGAAAUUUUAGCAAUAACUUCAAUAUUUGGUGAAGAUUCUUUUCAAAAAGAAGAGGAAGAAAAAAAGGCAACUGAUUCUGUCUCAUCUUUUUCAACCUAUAUUUUUAAGUUAUCUUUAGAUGACAAUAAUAGCAUCACCACUAAUAAUAACAAUGUUGGUAGUAAAAAAGAACUUAAAAUAAGGUUUUAUUUUUCUUUAGACUAUCCAUCUGAUGAGCCACCAAUUUAUGAGAUAUUGAGUGUAUAUUGUGGUGUAAUGAAAAUUGAUGAUUUGAUUAGGUUAGAGAUUGAUCAGAACUUUAGAAAACUUUUUGUUCCUGGUGAAGUGGUAAUAUUUUCUUGGAUUGAGUGGUUGAAAGACUACCUAUUAAAUAAAUUAUUAGAAGAAGAAUUUUCUUCCAUUAACAUUAAUGAUGAUAAUUCUGAAGGAAAUGAGGUCAACGAAAAGGUGGAAGAAGAGUUGAUGACAGUUGAAAAAAAUUUAAAUUUAGAAAAUAUUAAAAAUAUAAAUUCAGAAACAUGUCCCAAGAUAUUUCAUGGUGAACCUUUAGAACAUAAAAAAUCAAUCUUUCUGGCACAUUUGGCAAAGGUAAACAAUAUUCAAGAAGUGAAGCUUGUAAGAUCUAUGUUACUAUCUGAUAGAAAAAUUGCUAAAGCUACACAUAAUAUAAUGGCUUAUAGAAUUUUACUAGAUAAUGGUGCAAUAUUACAAGAUAAUGAUGAUGAUGGAGAAACAGCAGCAGGUAGCAGAUUAUUACAUUUAUUACAAAUGCUUGAUUCAAGAAAUGUUAUUGUGGUAGUCACAAGAUGGUAUGGUGGAAUAUUAUUAGGACCAGAUAGAUUUAGAGAUAUAAAUAACUGUGCUAGAGACUUGUUAGAAAAAUUUAGACUACCUCCAAAUUCUAUGAAUAUUAACAAUAGUACAUUUCGUCAGUCCGAGUUCUCAAAAGACACCACUGAUAUGGACAUUUAUGAAGCAACUGCUGCUGGCAACUUGGAUAAGGUUAAAGAACUUUUAGCACCUAAAGAUUCUGGUGGAAUAGUUACAGCUUUUCACCGUGCAAAUAUUCCGAAUCUUUCUUCAGGUUUAACACCACUUCAUUAUGCUGCUUCCCGUGGCCACCUAGAAAUUGUUGAAUGGUUGAUAGAGUAUGCCGGUGCCAUUGUUGAUUUAGAAGAUCAAACUGGUGAAAAUGCUCUUUUGAAAGCUUCUUAUAACGGUCAUAUAUCAGUUGUUAAAUAUCUUUUAGAAAAAGAAGCAAAUGUUUCACAGAAAGAUAAUGAUGGGUGGACUGCACUUCACAAUGCAUCUGCACAAGGUUAUCUUCCAAUAAUAAAACAUUUAUUAGAAGUAGCUAAAGCAGACGUUGAUGUUGGAAGCAACAAAAACAUCACGCCUUUAAUGAAUGCUUCAUCAAGAGGACAUGUUGGUAUUGUCGAGUAUCUUUUAAAUCGUGCCGGUGCUAAUCCUUUUAUUAAGAACAGUUUUGGCGAGACUGCAUUUGAUUCAGCUGCAACAAGUAAUGAAGCUUAUAUUUGUGAAUUAUUAGAAAAGGCUGAGCGUGAUUGGUGGAAAGGAAAGAGAGCUAUACCUGAACCAAUAUCUUUUAGGGAUCUUGAAAAUUCCUUGCCACCAAUAAAUCAACCAUAUGAUGUUUUUGCUUUUCAUAUUUCUGUACCUAUUAUUCUUCAUGAAAAUCAACGAGCUUCAUCCAUUUUUCCAGUCUCUCUUCGAAGACCACCAAAAUAUUCUGCCGCGAACCUUUUGAAAACUGACUAUUGCAGCCCUUGGUCUCUUUAUCCUAGUGGUCAACCAUCAUCCAAGGAAGCGGUGAAGCUUCCUGUAGGUCCCAAUUCUUCAACCGUGUCAAUUGUUACAAACAUCUCGUCACGAUCUCAGAAUAGACUAUGGUUUUGGGUGGAUGAAUGGCAUAUUGACAUGACUCAUCCACGUAUAGAUGCACAAGGGUGGCAAUAUGCUAGAAGUUUUGAUGAAGCAGAUAAAAAAUGGUCGAUAAUACCGCCUGCAAAUGCAAAUACUUGGGUCAGACGAAGAAGAUGGGUUCGUGUGAUGAAACGUCGUAUGAAUCUUUCUGAAUCAAAUAGUGAAGAUUGGGAACGUUUAAUAUUACUGAAAAAUGGCGAUACUCUGCCUCCUAGUAUGAAAUCGAAAACUUUAAAAACUAUAUUUUCAAAACAACCAAAGUCUCCAACACAAUAUUCAAAAAUGGAGGAAGAUGCUAGGAAUAAGGCUGCUGCUGCGAAUAGAUAUUAUAAAUCGCAAUUAUCAGGCGCCAAUUUAAUGCGUAAUGAAUAUUAUAAUAUUCAUCUUCCUAGAAUAAUUACGGAACUAAAGAGCGUUGCUGAUGAAUGCGAUGCUGGACUUCAAUAUCAUCUGGCACGAUAUUCAUAUUUAUAUGAAAGUGCAAUGGUUUCCGAUGCAUCGGCGAUAAGUCCAGUUGAUCUAGAAGAUGGUCCGGCACUUCGUACCAUUGUUGAGCAAAUUAAUAAUGAUUCUGAUUACCUGAAUUAUGUACAAUCAUUUAAAAAAAAAUCCCAAAAAUUAAAAAUAAACGAGAUUCCUUAUAAUCAAUACAAUAUGUCAGAACAAGCAAUUAAUAUUAUAAAUCCUACAAAUCCUAAACCUGUAUUUGGAACUGAUUUAUCAGAAUUAAUGAAAAGAGAUGGUGGAGUUAUACCAAUUAUACUAAGGAAAUGUGUCACGGCUGUUGAAAAAUAUGGCUUAGAAAGUUUAGGUAUUUAUCGAUUGUCAGGAGUUACGUCACAAGUUCAAAGUUUAAAAUCAUUGUUUGACAAAGAUGCCGAGUCGGUCGAUUUGGAUUCCGAGGAGAAUCUUAAAGAUAUAAAUAACGUUUCGAGUCUUUUAAAGCUAUGGUUUCGUGAACUACCCGAUCCUUUAUUUCCAAGAACAAUGUAUCAAGAUUUUAUGAAAAUCAACGAGCUUCAUCCAUUUUUCCAUGGUCAACCAUCAUCCAAGGAAGCGGUGAAGCUUCCUGUAGGUCCCAAUUCUUCAACCGUGUCAAUUGUUACAAACAUCUCGUCACGAUCUCAGAAUAGACUAUGGUUUUGGGUGGAUGAAUGGCAUAUUGACAUGACUCAUCCACGUAUAGAUGCACAAGGGUGGCAAUAUGCUAGAAGUUUUGAUGAAGCAGAUAAAAAAUGGUCGAUAAUACCGCCUGCAAAUGCAAAUACUUGGGUCAGACGAAGAAGAUGGGUUCGUGUGAUGAAACGUCGUAUGAAUCUUUCUGAAUCAAAUAAUCCUUUAAGAUUUAUCAAUGAAAAUAAUUCUCAAUUAGAUUAUAUAGAAAAAGCUGAAACUAUUAUAAAGCUUAGUCAAGACUAUAACAAAAGAGAAAGUAUUGAUAUGUCGGAACAGUUAAUACGAUAUAAAGAAGCAAUUAGAAUUUUAAAAACAGGAAUUGAAUCUGAAACAGAUAAUGAACGAAAACAAGAAGCAAAUUCACUUAUAGAUAGUUUUACACAACAUUCAGAAUAUUUGGAAAGUAUUAGAAAAGGCAAUAGUGAUGUUUAUGCAAAAUCUCCAACUUCAAGUUUUCAUGAUGUACCAAUGACACCUACUCAUAUACCAAACUCGUCAUCUAACAAUAUCUUUAAAUUAGAACUACCUAUUACACCAUCAACUGCUAGUUUUAAAAGUUUUGAAACAAUAGAAGAUCCAUGGUCCAUGACUACUACAAAUGAUGAUAUUGCUGGCAAUUCAUCAUUUUCCAAUUAUUAUGGAAAUGGUGGUGUUGGUAAUGGGCAAUCAAUGAUGACUUCUCCUACCAGAUUAAAUUCACAAUUUAGUUUAAACAUCACCAGUGUUCCUACUACAAACUCAAUCACCUCAUUUGGAGUUUGGGAAAAUGAUGAUGAUGUUCACGAGUGCCGCCAAUGCCGAAGAAGAUUUAACUUGUGGAUUAGAAGGCAUCAUUGCAGACGAUGUGGUCAAGUUGUUUGUGAUAGAUGUUCACUUUCUCGACUUAUUUUACCGCCUUCUCAAGUAAUUUUUGAUCCAUCGGCACCAAAUGAUUCAUCAUCGUCUUCUUCUUCAGCUUCACAAUAUCAUCGUGUUUGUGAUUCAUGUCAUUCAUCAAUGGGACAUCCUACAAAAAAAAAACGUUCCAAUAGUAUAACUUCAUCAACAUCAAUAAGUGUAGUUCCAGGUUCAAAAUCUGAUCAAGAACAUAUCAAAAACUGUCUUGAAAAUCAGAAUGGAAACAGUGUUAGUGUUUAUAAAUAUGUGGGUGAGCAAAAAAUCGCUUUUUAA